CAUAAUACCGAUAAUUCUAGUUGUCGCUACAACAGCUUAGUGCAAGAAAUAAUACAUAAUUUAAUUAAACAAUAAAAAAAAAUUGCAUUGCGUUUUAACCAAUUUGACUGUGAUAGCAGCAAGUAUUUUCGAAGCGAAUCACAUAGCUCAAAAAGAGGCACAGGUGAAUCGCAGCUCAUACAAACACACUCACAUUGUUGAAAGCAACAACAACAAUUGUACAAAGUUGAAAUAAUUAAUUGGCGUACAUAAUAAUGCCACCAAAAGAACGCAAUAUAGCUAUGAUGGGUUACCGUUCAGUCGGUAAAUCAUCGCUCAGUAUACAGUUUGUUGAAGGCCAAUUCGUGGACUCUUAUGAUCCAACAAUUGAAAAUACAUUCACCAAGGUUACGCGAGUCAACUCGCAGGAUUAUGGCGUUAAACUGGUCGAUACAGCUGGACAGGACGAGUAUAGCAUAUUUCCGGUACAAUAUAGCAUGGAUUUCCAUGGCUAUGUGUUGGUAUAUUCCAUAACUAGUCAAAAGUCUUUUGAAGUUAUCAAAAUUAUCUACGAAAAGCUGUUGGAUGUGAUGGGCAAGAAAUACGUACCUGUUGUCUUAGUUGGAAAUAAGAAAGAUUUGCAUCAAGAGCGCACAGUUUCCACAGAGGAGGGCAAGAAACUGGCUGAAUCCUGGCGAGCAGCAUUUCUCGAAACAUCUGCUAAACAAAAUGAAUCUGUGGGCGACAUUUUUCAUCAAUUACUGAUGCUAAUUGAGAACGAGAAUGGCAAUCCACCAGAGAAGAGCAGUUGUAUUGUAUCAUAAGUGUAAAGCGAAAAUGGCAAUGGCAAUAUGAAAUCGGUUCAUUAUCUAUUCUUAUGUAAAGAAUUUUUGUCUGAGAAGCAUGAAAACAUAUACAAACUAGUAGUUACUAAGUUAAUACGGCAAAUAAAAACAAAAACACAAUCACACAAAAACUAACAACAAAUAUUGAGGUGCCACAAAUUAAUGCUCAGCAGCGAUUGUGGUAACCGUUUAGAAAACAAAGCAGGUUUAAGUUAGUACACUUUUUCACAAUAACAAUAACAGUUACAAAAUUUAUAUGCAAAACUUACAAUGUCUUUAGUUUCAAUUUAAAUAUAAUUUGUACUAUUAAUCCAA